AAAAGCACUUCUCAGCAAGAGUGCAUGUUGAAGAUCAAUUCAUCAAGAACCGCAUACUUUUCCAUUCGCUAAUCAUCAACAUGAAGUUCGGUGUAACAAUCAAACGAGCUUUGAACGAGGAAUGGUCGAAUUAUUACGUCGAUUAUUCCGGUCUCAAAAAAUUUAUCAAGCAUCGUCAAAGUAAACAACAAUGGGAUGACACCGAUGAACAGGCUUUUGUCAGUGAGCUCGACAAGGAGCUACAAAAAGUAGCUGAUUUCCAAGAACGAAAGAUAUUGGAUCUUCACGAAUCGAUUACUUUCUACGAGAUAGAAGUCAAGAACCUCAUAAGCAACACUCCAGGGACUCGAAACCCAGAUGAUUCCAGCAAGUCUAGUGCCACACGGGCAGGCGAUGAUGCCGACGAAGAGGCAAUCAUCAGUCACACGAGUGAUGGCGAGCCAGACGAGGAUACAGAAGAGAGAUACGCUGCGCUCGAAGAAGAACUGACCAACAUCAUAGCCGACGUCCACGAUCUUGGUCACUUCUCACAUCUCAACUACACCGCGUUCAUCAAGAUUGUUAAGAAGCAUGAUAAAAAAACCGGCUGGGAGCUCAGAAGAGACUUUAUCCAGCACCAUCUCGAAACGCGUCCAUUUUAUAAAGAAAAUUAUGAGGCAUUGGUGGUACAAUUAUCCAGACUCUUCAAUUUGGUUCGGACCAGAGGUAAUCCACCAGUAGGAGAUAGCGCUGCUGGAGGCGGUCAAAGUGCGUUUGUCAGGCAGACAACGAAAUAUUGGGUGCAUCGCAGUAACUUCGUAGCUUUAAAGUUACUCGUUCUCAAACAUCUACCUGUGUUAGUAUUCAACCCGGAGAAGGCUUUCGAACCCUCAGACUCUGCUAUAUCCUCUAUCUACUAUGAUAAUGAGGACCUCGAACUCUAUCUCGGUCGACUCGAAAAGACUGAAGGCGCCGAAGCUAUACGAAUGAGAUGGUACGGGGAUAUGUCUGUCUCACAAAUCUUUGUAGAACGUAAAACGCACCGAGAGGAUUGGACAGGCGAGAAGUCUGUGAAGGCAAGAUUCAGUAUCAAAGAAGACAAAUUGAAUGAUUAUCUCAACGGAAAAAUCCAAAUGGAUGAACAGUUUGAAGCUAUAAGGAAAAAAGGCAAGAAAUCAGAUAAGGAGAUCGAUUCCAUGAUCCGACUUGCACGCGAAGUCCAAGAUCGAAUCAAACAAAAAGACCUUCAACCUUGCGUUCGUACUUUUUAUAACCGGACAGCCUUCCAGCAGCCAGGUGACGCUCGAGUCCGAAUCUCGUUUGAUACUGACCUCACACUCAUCAGAGAAGACAACUGGGAUGGAAAAAUCAGGAGACCGGACAAUAAUUGGCGUCGAAAAGAUGUUGGAAUCGACUUCCCCUUCGAUAAUGUGGAUUCCGAUGAUAAACACCUGUUUCCGUACGGUGUAUUGGAAGUGAAACUUCAAACCCAGUUAGGUCAAGAACCCCCUGAAUGGGUGAAAGACCUCGUUUCCGGUCCCCUGGUUGAAGCUGUCCCUAAAUUUUCCAAGUUCAUUCAUGGUUGCGCUACAUUGAUGCCCGAUCGCGUUUGCUUGGUGCCUUUUUGGUUGCCUCAAAUGGAAAUCGACAUCCUCAAAGCCGACCCCUCCCUGAAAGUCAUUGAUAGAGGUCAGGGGUCCAAUAGUCCUCCGAAACCCUCCUCCGAUAACGCGUCAGGUCGCAUCCCCGUGAAGGCAAGCAAGCAAGGAGACAAAGCUGGCAAAUCGAAUGCAUACACUGAACCAUUAUCAGAAGACGAGGACGGAGCAGAGAGCGGCGAGGAGCGAUUACAACAAAUUGCCAACCACACCGAGGAAAGUCGCUGGGCUGGAUUGCCGCCCGACGCCGUAGCAGAAGCAAAAGCAGCCAGAGAAAAAAACCGGUCAUCAGAUCCACAACCGUCUUCACAUGCAAUUCCACCAAUAGGAGCUACGAAGCCCUCGCCAUCUGAAGCAGUAGACACUAUAUCAAUGGACGCAGAAACAGGUUCCCAUCAAAUUUCUUCCCUGGUCGAGCCAGCCUACUUGGCUAAAUUGACGCCCGGUAAUCUCAGAAAGAUGUUGAAAGUCAAGGCAAAGAAAUUAAGGUCUCGUAAUGCUGUCGAAUCUGGGUCACAAGAAAAUCACGCGGACGCAUCCGAUGCGGAAUCUGACUUGGCGGAUGAAGGUCCAAAGGUUGUUGGAGCCACAGCACCUAGAGAGAGUGGUGUUGAAUGGAUUCGACAUUUCCAGGCUCCCCGUGGUAAGCGAGUUGCAGUACCGGUUCGAGUCGAGCCCAAAGUAUACUUUGCCACCGAAAGAACCUUUUUGACUUGGCUUGAAUUCUCUACGCUGCUGGGCGCUAUAGCAGUAACCCUGAUGAGUUUCACCGCUGUUGACGACCACGUUGGGUUCACCGCAUCCAUCACAUUCACCGUUGUUGCCUUGUUAUCAAUCAUCUAUAGUACUGGGACCUAUGUUUGGAGAGUCAUGAGUAUAAGACAGCGCUCGGCUUCCGGAUAUCAUGAUCCAUACGGCCCGACAGCAUUAUGUGGUAUCCUUUUCUUGGCGGUGUUUAUCAACUUCUAUUUACGCUUGGAUCAAUGAAAAUUCCGACUAGGUUGAUCCGAUUGUCCGCCAUGCCUGAAUUCAAUGAUUAUUGUUGCAAAGUGAACCAAGUCCUUUAUGCAUUAUUGCCUAUUUUAAAGCAUUUUGUUUUUUUUUCAUCUACAUUUAGCACAUUGUCUCACUUGAUUCACAAGUGAAUCUUAUAUUUUUUCAAGUUUGAAUGUACCACCACACCUCUUUUUAGCAUUUUCACUUCUUUUAGUUUUGUGAUUUGUUUAAUGAUUUGUAAAAGUGAAGUAUAUUAAUGUCCAAGUCUGGAUCCAGUUUUUUUUUUGGUUUUUUCUCUCCUUUGCAGUUUUGACAAAUUCUCUCUGUUUUUCAUAAGUUCUAGGCAAUAAUUGAUUUUCUGUUUCUGCUCUUAGAGCACCCAC